AUGGCCACACUUCAGGACGCGGUGCAAAGUCUUACGCUGCACUCCUCUGAGAAACAUCAUGGGGUAUCCAUGUCAUCGUACGACUUCUUUGACGAUUCCUCCUCGCAUAUCAGCCGCCGACCAGAAACGUUCCCCUCAUCCAUCGAUUUAUUGACCGAUGACCAAGUCAAAGCGCUCAUUGAUGCAGCACUGGAUGCCCACCACCGCAUGGAGAAUCGCCCCAGACGCCGCCGCGAAGAAAGCCAAUCCUCACGAACCGUACUUGAUGACAUACGUCGCCUCACGGUCGACAUCCAUCCGCGUUCCAAACGUGCGGCGCAUUCUUCCCAUGCACAAGAAAGAAUCAUUGCCGGGCCAUUAUUCGAUAUGGCUUGUGAUGGAUGGACUAUCGACGGUGAUGAAAUGGAGACGGCAUGGCCAAAGAUGAGCUGGUGGAAUCACCCAACGUCCCAGGCCCGUUCGAUUCCACUGGUAAAGCUUUGGCUUGCAGCGGAUAUUAUUUCACCGAAACCGGGGCGGGGACCUUUCGAAUCGUACAGCGCCAUGGCAGACUGGUUCGACCAUCGCCGCUACUCCCUCCUCGUAGAUCUGCAUAUGAACUACGGGAGUUUCGAACCACAUUUGUAUCCCAUGUUCGACAUUUCCCAUCCUCUUGUCCUAUGUCAUAUGGACCUUAAUAUGCGCAAUAUUAUCGUGGACAAGAGAGGUGACGUGUGGAUAGUCGAUUGGGGCAUGGCCGGCGCGUUCCCUCCGUGGUUUGAGUACACCAACAUGGUUUUAUUUGCAAGGGCUGCCAUAAAAGAACGUCGUUUGCCAAAAUCAUGGUCGCUUUUUGCGCCUUUUAUUGCUGGUUAUUAUCAGUGGUACGAGGCAGAGUAUCUUCGUCGUCUGGAAUAUGCCUUUUGUAGAUCGUGGCUUGAUCAUCCGAAAGGAUAUUUUGAGAGGUUGAGGUUGGAUAUCACGUAUCGACGAGUCCAUUGA